AUGGACAAGACGCAGAUGGAGGCGAAGGAGGAGGAGCAUGUCAUGAAGCCAUCGGAUCCGGGCAUGGACGCAGCUCAGCGAGCUGCCAAGGAGAAGGAGCUGGCAAGCCUACGCCGUCAGCGGGGAUUCAAGAGGGCAGCAGUCACUCGGAUAUCAAAAACAGUUGAAGAAGAGAUUGCUAGGCAAGCCAGCAGCGAUAGUAUUCAGAAGGUUAACCUCAGGCUGGAGGAAGCCUUCGCCGACUUAAGAAAAGUUCAACAAACGUAUGAGAGCCUGAUUGAUGACGAAGAGAUCGAGGAUGCUCAGGAAUACGCAGAUCGACUAGAAGAAGAAGAGUGCUCGAUUCGGGGGAAGAUUCAACAGUAUCUACAGCAAUUAGACGAAGCUCGCUCAUCGACCGCCGCUUCUCGCCGAAGUCGCAGAAGUCGAGCAAGGUCACGAACCUCUGCGAUGUCAGCCGUCUCGACGAAGUCAAAGGAAGCAGAAGUGGAGCUGGACGAUGCGGAUGGCAAACUGCGGGACAUAAAAGCGCAGGUUGAAGAGGAGCGCCAGCACAAGAUGGCCAGAAUGCAGGCGGAACAGCGCCGGCAACAGGAGGAGAAGCGCCGGCAGCAAGAGGAACGGGAGCUGGAGAAGUGCCGGCAGCAAGAGGAAUGGGAACUGGAGGAGCGUGAAAGGGCGCUGAAGAUCAAGACUGCUGAAGAGGCUCGGGAGCGGGCGGCGAGGAAAGGAGACAGGGAUGUGGUGGCGCUGUUGGAUCCGGGAGCCCAGACGUCUCUCUGCUGUGAAGAUGUGCUGAAGGAGGUCGGAGUGCACGGGAGACGAGAAGACCUGCGCCUGCAGAACAUCGAAGGAAGUGGCCCGCGACAAUCAUCAGUUCGUGUCGAGCUGACAGUCAGUCCUCUUGGGGCAGACGCCAAGAAAGAGCGCAUCAAAGUACCAGAAGUAUGGUCCGUGCCGAAGCUCAACGUGGCUGCGCCGAGCAUCGGUAGUCAUCAUGUCCGUAGCUGGAAGCACGUGCAUGACUUGGAUCUCCGGCAGUACAGUGGUGCAAGAGUUGAGCUACUUCUUGGAGCCAACAUCCUGGAAGCUGUGCUGCAACAUGAGGCACGAGUUGGACGCCCCGGACAGCCGGUGGCGGUGAGAACAGAUUUUGGAUGGACACUCUCGGGCUCCAUAGCGUCACUGAUACCCAGCACUAUGCGCCAAGUCAUGUUUGUGCGACGGCCGGCUUCCGGCGAUGAAGAUCUGAAGGAGCGUAUCGAGGAAUGGUGGACGACGGAAGCCUUCGGCACAAAAGUCAACGUUCCAGACGCCAGGUCACAAGAGGACAUUCGAGCUCUCAGCCUCCUGGAUCAGCACACGAGAAAGGUGGGAGACAGAUACGAGACCGGGCUGCUGUGGGGUGAAGAGGAACCCGUGUUUCCAAGCAACUGGAAGCAAGCGUAUGAUCGACUGGAGAGCACCGAAAGGAAGUUGAAAAGGCAACCGGAACUGGCAACAAAAUACAAAGCUAUCAUCGAAGGCUAUGUCGCUGAUGGUCAUGCAAGAAAGCUGUUGCCAGACGAGGUACGAGAGCAGAAAGAGAAGCGUUGGCUCCUUCCACACCACGCAGUCGUCAACCCGAAUAAGCCGGGUAAAGUUCGAGUCGUCUUCGACGCGGCUGCAAAGCACAGAGGCACGUCUCUCAACGACAAGCUCGUCACAGGCCCGGAUCUGCUGCAGAACCUUCCUGGCGUACUCCUGCGAUUCAGGGAGGGUCUCAUCGCGGUCACUGCUGAUAUCAAGCAGAUGUACCACCAAGUACGAAUCCGGGAAGAAGACCAACCAGCAUCCAGCUUCCUCUGGCGAGCUCUGGAAGGAUGCCGAAAACCCGACGUGUACCAGAUGCUGGUCGUAAUUUUCGGCGCCAAGUCAUCCCCUGCCAUCGCCAACUACGUGCUGAGACGGGCACUCAUCGACUACGAAGCCGAGACGAAGACUCGUGCCAUCCUGAGUGCAGAAGAGAAGGCUCGGAGCUUCUACAUGGAUGACUGUCUGCUCUCAGCUCCGACUGAGAGCACUGCCCAACAGCUGCUCACUGAGGUGUCUGAAGCUCUGUCGAAGGGAGGCUUUCAUCUCACCAAGUGGCGCAGCAAUUCACCUGUCGUACUUCGGAAGAUCCCAGAAGGAGACCAAGCCAGUGUUUCCUCGAGUUUAUGUCUGACAGGAUCACCAACAGCCGAGAAAGCUCUCGGUAUCGUCUGGGACGAGACGAAGGACACGCUGGGAUUCCGUCUCAGGAGGCAGGAAGUCAAGGCGACCAAACGUGCCGUCCUCUGCAAGGUGUCGUCUGUGUUUGACCCUCUUGGGAUCGCUGCUCCGUUCACGAUAAGGGCGAAAGUGAUGAUGCAACGCCUGUGGCUUCUUCACUUGGAGUGGGACGACGAUCUGCCAGAGCUGCAGUCUAGUGAGUGGAGCAAGUGGUUGAAGGAGGCAGAGAAGCUCGAUGCGGUAGCCGUUCAGCGCUGUGUGCUGCCGGCAGGAUUGGAGACGGUGCGAAGUGAGCUGCACAUGUUCUGCGACGCCUCAGAGGACGCGUUCGGCGCGGUGGCCUACCUAAGGACGACUUCGAGCAGCGGAUCGCACUUCUGCCAUUUCUUGAUGGGCAAGUGUCGGGUGGCACCGCUGAGACGUCUGUCGAUUGUCAGACUCGAGCUGCAGGGAGCAGUCCUCGGUGCGCGCCUGGUCGCUGCGGUCCUCGCGGAGCUGACACAUCGACCUGAUGAUGUGAUCUGCUGGACAGACAGCCGGGUCAUACAGCAGUACAUCUCAAACGAGACCCGAAGAUUCAAGACGUUCGUGUCGAACAGGCUAGCAGAAAUCCAUGAGCUCACGCGAGAUGCACGCUGGCGACAUGUGCCUGGACGGCUCAACCCAGCAGAUGACUGUACAAGAGGACUCUCGGUGCUCGCACUCACCCACGACUGCCGAUGGCUUGCGGGACCGGACUUCCUGCGAGGUGACGCUGAACAGUGGCCACCUCAGGAGGAGCCAGCACCGCUGUCGUGCGACGAGGAAGAGGAGAUGCGCAGUGUGUUCGCCAGCUCGACCACGGAGUCGCAGCCGGCGGUCAUCUUCUCGGAUCGCGGCACGAACUUCAUCGGUAGCGACCGGGAGCUUCGCCAGGAGCUCCAGGCUCUAUCAGCAGCCAUGCCAGAGAGAAUGAGCGCGUUCGAGAUCGACUGGCGGUUCAACCCGCCAGCGGCUAGCCACAUGGGCGGUGUCUGGGAGCGAAUGGUGAGAUCCGUCAAGACAUGCCUGCAGGCCGUGGUCGGUUCGCAGCUGCUGACCGAUGAGGUCCUGCUGACCGUGUUCGCCGAGCCAGUCUCAAAACACGAGUGUCGUCAGUGCAUGUAA